AUCAUGCGAGACGAGGAGUACUGGGGAAUACUGGAUCUGUAGCUUAUGAUAUUUCAUUCUGAGGGAAUCGCCUUACGUGCAUGUGAAGUGUGAUCUUGUGGAAGGAAGCUAUAGAUUAUGGAGCACUCUGCAGAAACGGUUGGCCACGAUCCUUGCUCGUUUUCCAGACCAAACCAAUGUCUGUGCACAAACAUCAGCUGGUUCGUCGAUGUCUUGAUUGAUAAAAAGAUCCUCGAAUGUCGCGUUCAGCUCGAAUUCGAAGUGAAAAAGGAUGGAGUAAAAAAAAUGGUUCUUGAUACCCGAGACUUGACAGUUCACAGUGUUACAGAUGGUAAUGGAGAGAGCCUGAGUUUCAGCUAUGGCAAGAAGCAUAAGGCAUUUGGAACACCACUCAACAUUGACCUUCCUGAUGGUUUAAAAAGUGGUUCCAAGCUAUAUCUCAAGAUUAGUUAUCAGACCUCUGAGACUGCCUCAGCUUCUCAAUUCCUUACCCCUGAACAGACUGCUGGGAAGAAGUAUCCUUAUUUUUUCACCCAGUGUCAGGCUAUCCAUGCUCGCAGUCUUAUUCCAUGCCAAGACACACCUUGUGUAAAAACACCUUACCAAGCAGAGGUUACUGUACCCAAAGAGCUUGUUGCUGUCAUGAGUGCUAAGGGAACAGGAAGUCGUGAUGAUCCCCAAAAUCCUGAAAAGAAAAUUUACACUUUCACUCAGAAGGUGACUAUUCCUAGUUACCUGAUCACUAUUGCAGUUGGAGCCUUAGUUAGCCAGGAGGUGGGGCCUCGCUCCAGGGUAUGGACUGAGAAGGAGAUGUUAGAAGUGAGUGCUUGGGAGUUUGCAGAGGUCGAGGAACAGCUCUCAAUUGCUGAGGAUCUGACAUUUGACUAUGUUUGGGGACCCUAUGACCUCCUGAUUCUGCCUCCUUCCUUUCCAUAUGGUGGAAUGGAAAAUCCUUGUCUGACAUUUGUGACACCAACACUGCUGGUUGGACCAGGGGGAGGCAGACCUUUGACUGAUGUGGUAGCCCAUGAGAUUUCUCACAGCUGGACUGGAAAUCUUAUCACAAACAGGAACUGGGAACAUUUUUGGUUAAAUGAAGGAUAUACAGUCUUUCUUGAGCGUAAAAUCCUGGGACGAAGGAAGGGAGAGAAGAUGGUGGAUUUUGCUUACAUAGGAGGAUGGAAAACCUUGAAAGAUCAACUCAAGCAGUUCCCAGAGAACAGUCCUUUGACUAAGUUAGUGGUGGAACUGAAAGACACAGACCCUGAUGAUUCAUUCUCUAGUGUGCCCUAUGAAAAAGGGUCUUGCUUCUUGUACUACUUGGAAAGGAUCCUUGGAGGACCUGAGGUGUUUGAACCAUUUCUCAAGAAAUACUUGGAACACUUUAAGUUCAAGACAGUCAAUACAAAAGAUUGGAAACAUUUCUUGGAGGAAUAUUUUCAUGACAAGAAAGACAUUCUGAAGCAGGUUGAUUGGGAAGCUUGGCUCCAUAAACCGGGAUUGCCACCCGUUAAUAUGAUCGACUGGUACGACACUACUUUGAGUGAUCCCUGCACAAAAUUGUGUGACAGAUGGUUGGCGGCCACUGAGUCUGAACUGGGUUCAUUUUCUCCUGAUGAUAUCAAAGAUUUUUCACCGCCUCAAGUUGUGGAAUUUUUGGCUCAACUAGUGGAUAAGACAACUGACAAUCCCCCGUUGGCCCUAUCGCAUUUGAAGAAAAUGGAUGAAUUGUACGAUUUUACGUCGUCAAGAAACUCUGAGAUCAAAUUCAGGUGGCUCCGUCUUUGUGUAAGAGGAGUGUGGCAAGAUCGGUACCCACCGACAGUGACCUUCAUCACCAUCCAAGGGAGGAUGAAGUAUAUCAGGCCCUUGUACAAGGAGUUAUAUGCAAAGGAAGAGUCGAAGGAGUUGGCUGUGACAACAUUCCAGGAAAAUCGUGCCUUUUAUCACCCCAUUGCUGCCGCCCAGCUUGCGAAGGAUUUAGGCCUCGAGUAACAACAAGAGAAUGAAAAUUCCGAUGCAGAAAACGUUCGACAACGCAGUCAAAGAAUCAGGAAGGAAAUAGAUCUCCAUUAAUUCUAAGAAAUAGAGCAAUUUUCAAUUUAGUGUCGAAAGUAAUUCAGGAUUCUAACAAAUUAAAAGAUAGAGCGUUGGGAUUCACUAACGGAAACGAGAAAAUUGAUUAGAGAAAUAAUCGCA